CUCAGUUUUGGUGUCUUCAGGCCUUUGGCCAGUCACCAGCAGGUGGGCAGAUGUCUCAGCCCUGGAAAGGCGAAUGCGCCGGAGUCAGCAGCCCCGGUCCUAUCUAGCUGCAGGCGGAGAGGGAGCGGAGUGAACGGGAAGAAAGGACGCACCCCAGAAUGUGAGACUCCCACCGGGAAAGGCUGACUGAGCUCGCCCUGGGACGGCGGAUCUGACAGCCCCUACCACCUGAGCUGACUGACCUGCCAAGUCCAGGUUGAUCCCACAGUGUGCGAGAGUCAGGGGUGUUGGACGAGAUCAGCAACGAUUCCUGCAUCUCUCCUAGUCAGCGACAAGGGACUCUGCGACUAAGCUUCAGGCACCCGAGACGCCUCUCACCGCUCUAGAGAGCACCGGCGCGGCGAGGUGCCGCAGUGGCCCUGAAAGCCCCUGCAGGGUGCUCCCUCAACUCCCAACUAGCAAACCUGCGUGGGAGAAGCCUGGAAGGGCUGGAGUGAACAGUCGGAGACCACGGAAAAGAGAAGAGACGUCCUGGCCCAGGCCCUACCCGACGCGGGCUGCCCGGGAUCGCCCGGCCUACGGGCCAUGGCAGACAGUGGCAGCUCCACCAGCAGCUCCAGCCCCUGGUGGAAAUCGCUGACCAGGAAGAAAAGCAAGGAGGUCACGGUGGGGGUGCAGCCUCAGGUUCAGUCAGAGACUGGCCAGGAUCCCUCACCACCUUACUCAGAUCGGACUAACAGCUCACAGGAAAAUCAGCACUCCAAUGUCCUUGGGGACUCCGGAGAGCCCCUCAGGCCAGAUAAGUUGUGUGAGGAGAAAUCAGGCAACAGCCGGCGCAAUUUGAAGAUCUCACGCUCUGGCAGAUUUAAGGAGAAGAGGAAAAUGCGCGCCACACUGCUCCCUGAAGGAGACAGAUCUCCCGAGGAAGCUGACUUCCCAGAUGACCCCCAGGAGGACAAGCAAUAGCCUAAGCAAGCAGCCAGGGUUGUCUCUUUGCAGAGAGAGACACACACUAGUAGACACCCCUAGACCUAGUACUUGGUGCCUGCCUCACCCAAGUUCAGAAUAUGCAAUUGACCAAGGCCUUCAAGAUUGACUAUUUUAUAGAAAGUGAAGUGUCAGCUGAGUCUUCAAUAUUCCAUGACUCAGGGACUGAGUAAGUAUUUUUUUUUUUUUUUUUUUUGUGGGAAGGACAGAUGUCUACUGCCGAGGAAGUUGGCUUUUACGAAAGUUGCUCUGAGGUGUCGCUAUUGUUUCUGUCACCUAUGGGAAUGGCAAAGCUGGAUUGGUAUUUCAGAGGCAAUAAGUAGAUGACCCACCUCUCCAGCAUCUCAAAUGAAGAAGCCAUGCUCUUACUGAGGACUCUGGAGAGCAAAUGAAGCACUGCUUUUAAUGGCUGAGAAAUGCACUUUAGGGUAACACCCUAGAUUUAUUCCUAUGUGAAGGGAUGGGUGGAUCCUCCCAGGUAGAGGCACUGAAAAGUAAUAUUGCUUUAAGUGAGGACUCCAGGGCUGUAUACCUGUUUAGUGUGCACUAUUAAAACUGUUGAA